AUGAAGUCUACUGUCCUGCUUUACCUCGCGGGUGCUGCUCUGGCGGCACCCACGAGGACCAUUGAGAAGCGCCAGCUGGGUGAUCUCGGUGCCUUGUCUUCCCUCCUCCCAAGUUCUGGUAGCAGCGGACUGGGCGGACUCAGCAACUUGGGGAGCUCUAGCAGCGGCGGUCUUGGUGGCCUGUCCUCUCUCAUUCCGAGCUCUGGUGGCAGUGGUCUCGACGCUCUUGAGUCGUUAAUUCCGAGCUCCAGUGGCGGGCUGAGUGGUCUCAGCGGUCUCGGGGCUCUAGAGUCCCUCAUCCCCUCCAGCAGUAGCGGGCUAGGUGAAUCUGGUAGUAGCAGCGGUAUUGGAGCGUUGGAGUCUCUUAUUCCCUCUGGAAGCAGCAGCCUCGAGGGUCUUGGGGGCCUUACCGGAUCAAGUGGCAGUAGCAGCGGUCUUGGUGCGCUAUCCUCUCUCAUCCCCAGCGUUGGGAGUCUUACCAAGCGCCAAUCAGGCUCGAUAACCCAAAAUGGUGUCACUGAGAACUCGGGCUGCGAGGAGUUGACCUUCAUCUUCGCCCGUGGAAGCGAUGAGAUGGGCAAUAUGGGGUCCGUUGUUGGACCAGAAGUCGCGACCCAGCUGAACUCGUUGACUGGUAACAAGGUCACUGUGCAAGGCGUGACCUAUACCGCGACUGCAGAGAGCAACGUUGCGAUGGGCUCGAACGGCGGACCAAUCAUGGCGAACCUGGUCGAGCAGGCGCUCAAGCAAUGUCCCGAUACCAAGGUUGUCCUUGGUGGAUACUCCCAAGGCGCGAUGGUCGUGCACAAUGCGGCGAACCGAUUAACCGCGACCCAGGUGGCCGGCGCCGUGCUCUUCGGGGACCCUUUCAAGGCGGAAGCGGUCGGGAAGCUCUCAAGCAGCAAAGUAAAGGAAUUCUGCGCGUCGGGAGAUCCCGUCUGUGAAAACGGAUUUAAUGUGAUGGCGCACUUGAGCUAUGGUUCUGAUGCGAAUGAAGCCGCGCAGUUCUUGAUUCAGGCAGCCGGCAUCUCCGCCUCGUCCUGA